GUGUUUCUGCUUUGCAGCCUGUCGCUCUUGAAUUCUUCUUUUUCUUUUCUCUUCGCAUAAUUUCUUCAAAGUCCUUCGCUUUCCUCUCUCUUCCUCCAACCCAUCGGAGCCAGAGAGAGAGAAGAGAGAGAAACAAGGUCUGCAAGCCAGGUCACUGUGUCUUAUUCUAGAGAGAGAAAGUGGUGGUGAGAGAGAGAGAGAGCGAUCUGAGCGGUAGAGGAAUUGGGGUGGUACAGUAGAAGAAGAAGCGGAGAGAAAUGGGGACGCUUCAGACGUGGAGGAAAGCCUACGGCGCUCUCAAAGACUCCACCAAAGUCGGCCUUGCCCACGUCAAUAGCGAUUACGCGGAUUUGGAUGUUGCGAUAGUGAAAGCCACCAACCACGUCGAGUGCCCGCCCAAAGAGAGACACCUCAGAAAGAUUCUGAUUGCCACAUCGUCAAUUCGGCCACGGGCGGAUGUUGCUUAUUGCAUUCAUGCUCUUUCGAGAAGAUUAAGCAAGACCCAUAAUUGGACGGUAGCUUUGAAAACAUUGAUAGUUAUCCAUAGGACCUUGAGGGAGGGUGAUCCUACUUUCAGAGAAGAACUUCUAAGUUUCUCUCAGAGAGGACGAAUUCUCCAGCUUUCUAAUUUCAAAGACGAUUCCAGCCCCAUUGCUUGGGAUUGCUCUGCAUGGGUGCGUACUUAUGCAUUGUUUUUGGAGGAACGACUCGAAUGCUUUAAGGUUCUGAGGUAUGACAUUGAAGCUGAACGUCUUCCAAGGCCUGCCCAGGGGCAGGAGAAGGGAUAUAGUAGAACCCGAGAACUGGAUAGUGAAGAGUUGUUGGAGCAGUUGCCUGCCUUACAGCAGCUUCUGUAUCGUCUUAUUGGUUGCCGGCCAGAAGGAGCAGCUUCCAGCAAUUACGUUAUACAGUAUGCUCUGGCCCUGGUAUUGAAAGAGAGCUUUAAAAUUUAUUGUUCCAUCAAUGAUGGGAUCAUAAAUCUUGUUGAUAAGUUUUUUGAGAUGCCAAGACAUGAAGCUGUUACAGCCCUUGAUGUUUAUAAACGAGCUGGUCAGCAGGCUGCAGGUCUCUCUGAUUUUUAUGACGUUUGCAAAGGAUUGGAACUUGCUAGGAACUUCCAGUUUCCGUUCUUGAGAGAGCCUCCGCAAUCGUUCCUCGUAACAAUGGAAGAGUAUAUAAGAGAGGCACCACGGGCUGUGACUGUUCCAAAUGAGACAUUGCUUUUGACAUAUAGACCAGAAGAACCUUCGGAAGAUACAAAAUUGUCUGGUGAUGAAUCCGAGCCACCAGCUUUAGACAUUGUGCCUGUGUCUAAUGUUGAGACAGAAGCUCCUCUGUCGCCACCACCUCCACCUCCACCUCCUCAAAGUAGCAUGACCACUGGAGAUUUACUGGGAUUGGAUUAUAGUGCAGCUGAUGUAUCUGCGAUUGAGGACAGAAAUGCUUUAGCUCUAGCUAUAAUUACAUCUGAAGCUGAUGCAGCUCCGACAUUCAAUUCUAGUGCAGUCCAAACAAAUGGUUUUGAUCCUACUGGAUGGGAACUUGCCUUGGUCACCACUCCAAGUACCGACAUUUCAGCACCGAAUGAGAGACAAUUGGCUGGUGGGUUAGACUCACUCACUCUGAACAGCUUGUACGAUGAAGGAGCAUAUAGGGCAUCUCAGCAACCUGUUUAUGGAUCUCCAGCUCCAAAUCCGUUUGAGGUCCAAGACCCAUUUGCUUUUUCAAACCAUGUUGCUCCCCCUCCCGGAGUUCAAAUGGCGGCAAUGUCUCAACAGCAGUCCAACCCCUUUGGUCAUUUCCAACCAACCUACCAGCAGCCACAGCCGAAUGUGAUGAUGGGCGCAACAAAUCCUUUCGGUGAUACCACUGGGUUUGGGGCAUUUCCUGCAAAUCCUGCUCCUCACCCGCAAACUAGCAAUCCAUUUGGAAGCGCUGGCCUUCUGUGAGGACACAUGCUUUGAUCAUCUGAAAUAGUGUAAUCCACGCAGCGCAGCGACGUUGGUUUUGGUGUAUUUGGCGAGUGUAGCACAUACGGGGUUUGGAUUUGGUUUGUGAGGAUGGUGUUUGACAGCAUGAACAUAAGAAGUGGGGUAAAAGUCAGGCGAGUGAAUAGUGAAGUAUGUAAUAAUUAGUUGAUACAUUUUAGAAAUUCUUGUAAUUUUGUUUAAUCAAAAGAAAGAAGUUAUGUA